CACUAGGUUUGUUCGUUUUUAACCAGGUUUCUUACCCGGGUAAGGUUAAAUCCAGAGACCUGUUAUAGGUCUUUGGUUAAAUCAGGGGUAAAAAGUGGAGAGCGGAGUAAGGAGAGUAAGGAAAGUGUAGACCCGGUUAGACGGAGUAAUAAAAACGAACAAACCUACUAAUUGUUUGCAGUUUUAUCAUCGAUGACCGAACUGAGUUCACCUAUCCGAAUUUUCUGAUUAUCCCGAUUAGGUGAUGCGGUUAAUGUGGUUUGAUGUUUGAUGGCCGAAUUUUCCAAGUUAUUCCUUUUCGUAUUCUCUACGGUUUUUUUUUCAUUGAAACCAAUUCAAAACUGAACAAUACAUUCUUUCAUCAUGUCAAUUAAAAGCGAAUCGAUGGAUCUAACAACCGAAACGAAGCAUUACAAUGGCCCUGCUGAGAGUGCUGACAUGGAAGUUGAAGAUUCCAUCCAAUCAGACUGGAAUGAAGCAGUGGAUAGUUUCGAUAAGAUGGAACUCAAGCCAGAAUUGCUCCAUGGUAUGUACGCAUGUGGUUUCCAGAAACCUUCUGCUUUUCAACAGCGAGCGAUUAUUCCAUGUAUAAAAGGACAUGAUGUAAUAGCUCAAAUUCAGUCAGGAAUGGAAAGAAAGGCUACGUUUUUGAUUUCAAUUUUGCAACGAAUUGAUCAUACAAAGAAGGAAAUACAGGCUCUAAUCCUAACGCCUACUCGGAAAUUGGCGAAACUAACUCAAAAAAUACUUAUGGGUUUGAGUAAAUUCAUGGAGAAUUGCAAAUGCCAUGUUUCAAUUAGAGGUAGAAGUAUAAUGCAGUACGUAAAAGUUCGCCUUGCAGCAGGCCGAGGCCCUCAAGUGGUCGUAGGAACUCCCGUCCGUGUCUAUAAUAUAAUUGCUGGUAACAAAUCGUUGAGUCGCAAAACCAACAAAAAUUAUGCCCGCGGAGUAGGACUUGGUGUUCGUUUUGAUCAUAAAGCUGUUGUAAUCAACUUCGUGACGCCUGACGAUAAAAGUUCGUUGAGUGAUAUUGAACAGUUCUACAACAUUCAAAUUGCGGAGAUGUAGAAAACUAAGGAAAAUUUGUCAACUAAUAAGUAUGUACUUUGUUGUUUGAAUGUGCAUAGGUAAAAUGCAAAAAAAUUGAUAUUAUAAUAAUUUUUCUAUGUCGUGAACCAUUUUAUUUUAUAUUUUCUUAUAUGUGCAUUAAAUUUUUGUUCAAAACGUUUAA